AUGUCUUCCCAAUUCCUUGCUCCGUAUUAUUUUUUGAAUUUGAAUUUGGAAUUUGAAUUUCAAAUUGUGGAGCAUAAAGUGAGAAGGAAAAAGGGAGAUUUCCGGCGAGAUUUUGGUGGUGGUGCUUGUGGCCAAGGUGAUUUCCGGCGUCGUAGUCGUGGUGAUGCAAACAAGAUGUCUGAAAGUUCUGAUAGAGAAAGUCAUGACCCCCCUGUCUUUGGUGGGGAAGAUACUGAGAGUGCGAAGCCCAGCUAA